AUGAUGCACAGUGCGACUGAUCUGGCGCAAUCUACCGAGCAGCAACUACGAAUUACCAUCGCUUUUCUAGCCUUGGCUUGGUUCUUCAUCCUACUCAGGAUAUGGACUCGCACCUAUGUCAUCUCAAACUUCGGCUGGGACGAUAGCAUUAUGAUCCUUGCUGGCAUGACAUUCACCGUAUACUGUGGAUCGACUUUGUACAUUGCGUGCAAUGGUGGAGGCACCCAUGUCACGAGCGUGGACCGGUUGCAGGUCUUAACAAAGUGGGUUGUUGCUAGUGAGGCUUGCUACAUCAUCACCAUCAUGAUAGUCAAGAUAUCUCUUGCCAUCUUCUUCAUCCGCAUCAUCGUCAAGCGCUGCCACCUUAUCUCUGUCUACGUUACAGUCGGUGUCAACAUCAUCUCAUCCGCAUCUGCCUUCUUCUAUUGCUUUUUUAGAUGUGGACCCAGUCUAGACCAGUACGUAAUGAACCAGCUUAUGAAUAACUGUGCGUCGCGGGAGCUUGACUUGUUCAUGGCCUAUCAGCAAGCCGCUUUCAGUACUUUCACCGACUUUGUCUUUCUAUUGCUGCCCAUCCCCAUUCUCUGGCCUGCCAACAUGGACAAGAGAUCCAAGAUCUCUGUCGGUUUUGUUCUCUGCCUAGCAGCUCUCGGCUGCAUCUGUUCUGGAAUACGCUUCCGCUAUAUAGAAGGCCUGAUUCAGACCGACGACUUUUUUUGGAGCGUCGUCAACAUCUCCAUCUGGAGCACUAUCGAAGCAGGUGCGUGUAUAAUCGCCGGUUGUCUCGCCACACUUCGUCCACUCAUGAAAGGCGCGCUACGUCAAGCACGCGAAUCGAGCGCUGUGUCCAGUUGUGCACAUCACAUAUCAAGAAGUUUGCGAUCGGCCCACCGAUCGAACAACGAGCAUUCAAAAGCACAUUCUGUAUCACGAUUGUCGCGACGAGAUGUUGCGCUUUCCGAGAUCGACCAGAGCUAUUUCAGUAACGAGCGCAAAGCCUCAUUACCUUAUUUGGUUACCAAGCCUUCGUACACCGAGUCCGUCUCACGACCGGACAGUGCAAUCACCCCAUUCGCAUCCGAAAUGGGAAUCAGAGGCCGGAUGAGCACCGACCCUAUCCUGAGCCGCACCGAGUCCGACGCUACCGACAUGCCUCUAUGGGAGAAGGAGAAGGAGCAGAGGUUGCGACAACCGGCGCGUGUCAGCUGGACACUGCAUCGGAGAUACACAAGUGAAGAGAGCGUACCUGGAAGGCCAAAAUCAACACCUGUUUUUCCCGUUCGAUUCAAAGAAGCGGACGAUGUUGUAUGA